AUGUCCAACAACACUGCCGACACCUCCACCAACGAGCCAAAAAGACUCUCCAUUGACCCCCUCGGAGCAAUCGCAAAGUACAACGCACUCACAGCCCACUUCCUCAACCCAACCUUACCCACAACAAUGUCUGCAUCCCAAGCGGUCGAGACCUCCCGCCUGGAUGGCAAGGUCGCCCUCGUCACUGGCUCCGGCCGUGGCAUCGGUGCCGCCAUGGCAACAGAGCUCGCCCGCCGCGGUGCAAAGGUCGUCGUCAACUACGCCAACUCCGCCGAAGCGGCCAACCAAGUUGUCGACCAGAUCAAGAAGAACGGCGGCGACGCUAUCGCUUUCAAGGCUGAUGUCGGUGAUGUCGCGCAGACCACCAAGCUCAUGGACCAGGCUGUUGAGCACUACGGCCAGCUCGACAUUGUCUGCUCCAACUCUGGCGUUGUCUCUUUCGGACACCUGAAGGACGUCACCGAGGAGGAGUUCGACCGUGUGUUCCGCAUCAACACCCGUGGCCAGUUCUUCGUUGCCCGCGAGGCAUACAAGCACUUGAGCGUUGGUGGUCGCAUUAUCCUCAUGGGUUCCAUCACUGGUCAGGCCAAGGGUGUGCCAAAGCACACUGUCUACUCCGGAUCCAAGGGUGCCAUUGAGACUUUCGUCCGAUGCAUGGCUAUCGACUGUGGUGACAAGAAGAUCACUGUCAACUGCGUUGCGCCAGGUGGUAUCAAGACUGAUAUGUACCACGCUGUGUGCCGCGAGUACAUUCCAAACGGUGACAAGCUCAGCGACGACCAGGUCGAUGAGUACGCCAAGACAUGGUCCCCAAUGCAGCGUGUUGGCCAGCCAAUCGACAUUGCCCGCGUUGUCUGCUUCCUGGCAUCUCAGGAUGGUGAAUGGGUGAACGGCAAGGUUAUUGGCAUUGAUGGUGCCGCAUGCAUGUAA